GUUCUUGAACCCUGUGAGCAUGUUCACCGGUGCAGCAGUGGUCGCUUCUGUCUUCAUUGGCUCUGUAUGGGCAGGGGAGAACAAGGCGGUCAUCAAAACAUUCAAGAACGAGAACCCUGCUUUGUUUGUAUUUCUGGUGAUGGUCGUGAGCUAUUUCCUCAUGUCGCUUUUUGGUGGAGUUAUGGUGUUCCUGCUUGGAAUCAAGCUACCUCUUAUCUUGAUCUUUGUACAUGCAUCGCUUCGCCUACGGAACAUGAAAAACAAACUGGAGAAUAAGAUGGAGAGUGCUGGACUCAAGAAAUCACCUAUGGGAAUCAUACUUGAAGCACUGGGUCAACAAGAAGAGAACUUCAAUCAAAUUCAAGACUUUCUGGAGAGUAAACUCAAGGAGUGAACUCUUUCGACCGUGCCUUACUGAGCUUCUCACCAAGACAUGA